UCGAUGUUUCUCUCUCAUCGAUGUUUCUAGCUCUCUACCCUCCUCCCUUCCUCUCUAAGAAAUCAAUAAAAUGUAUUUUUAAAAAAAAGUCUCUCUUCCUGAAUUUCAUACACUCUCUGCUCCAGCCAGGCUGUCCCCCAGGCGGGGCCCACACUGCCCACCGCCCAGCCUUCCUCCCGCCUGAGACGCCUUCUCUCGCCCUCCCGGCUCGGUCCUGCCCAAGCCGCAGGACAGAGUCCCGCCUCCUCGGCAGUGCUGCCCCGUGUCCCAGAGAAGCCAGCUCCUGGGGGCAGAGCGGCGGCUGAAGCCCAUGCAGACGCCCGUCCUGGCCCGCUCCCGCCCCCCCUGACCCAGAGGCCGGGAUUAGGGCCUGGGCGCCCGCUCGCUUAGCCUAAUCCCCGCAGGGCGCUCCCAGGCCGCCUUCCAGUCCCCAGAGCUGAGCUGCUUCCGUGCGGCCUCUCUGCCCCCCGCCCGGCUCCAAUGGCCACGGAGCAGGGGAGGGGGCGGCCCGGCCCAGCCCGGGCCCCCGGCCCCCAGCGGCCCCCGGGGGGCGUCCCGGCUCCCGGCAGCGGUGCUGAGGGCCCACCCUUGGCCAGGACGAGAAGCAAGAGGGAGAGGGGCCCCCGCGGGCCCCCAAGCGGCGCUGGCCACUCUGGGGAGCAGACCCCCUCCCGGGGCCCUGAGGCCUCCGGGGGCAGCGAGCACCCCCCGAGGACAGGGGGGCGGGAGGAGCCGGCCUCCCGGCGCCCGUCCCACCGGCACUGGCCCGCCCCGCAUCGGGACGCAGCUCAGAAGACAUACGGGCCGCUGCUCAGCCGCCUCUUCGGAAAGGUCCGGGGCCUGGGCGGGGCUGGGGGCCGGGGUGGGCUGGGACUCGCCCCCCAGGUCCAGCCCACCUGCCCCUGGAGCUCAGGCCCGGGUCCAGGAGCGGGAAGGGGCCCACAGGCCUCCGGCUGCCUUCCCGGCCCUGGUGGGACGGGCCCUGCCCAGGCGGGCGGGUGGGGGGCGGGAGCAGGGUGGCCAGGGCCCGGCCGGCCCUGGGACAUGCUGGCCUCGCCCCGCAGGACCGAGCGCUGGGCCCGGAGGAGCUGGACGGUGAGUGAGCUUUGCCGGAGGCGGCGGGCGGGGGAGCCCCUGAGCCCGGCCCGGCCUGACCCCCCGCCCCCCGCAGAGCUGCACGCCGCCUUCCAGGAGUUCGACCGGGACCGGGACGGCUACAUCGGCCACCGGGAGCUGGGCGCCUGCAUGCGGACGCUGGGCUACAUGCCCACGGAGAGGGAGCUGCUGGAGGUCUCCCAGCUCGUCAAGAUGCGGAUGGGCGGCCGCAUGGACUUCGAGGAGUUUGUGGAGCUGAUGGGCCCGAAGCUGCGGGAGGAGACGGCCCACAUGCUGGGGGUGCGGGAGCUGCGCAUCGCCUUCCGAGAGUUCGACAGGGACGGGGACGGACGGAUCACGGUGGCGGAGCUGCGGCAGGCAGCACCCGCUCUGCUGGGGGAGCCGCUGGCGGACCCGGAGCUGGACGAGAUGCUCCACAACGUGGACCUCAACGGGGACAGCACGGUAGACUUUGAUGAGUUUGUGCUGAUGCUUUUCCCCCGCUGAGGCCCCGGAGCAGCAGGGUGCAUUCUGCACACCCUCCCCUGCGGCCGGGAGGGGAGAGACCUCAGGCUUCUGCUCUGGCAGCACCUGCCCCCUCCGCACCCCCUUCCCCCUCCCGGCGCUCAGAGAAAGCCCCGCUCAGCUGCCUGUCACUCCCAGGGGGAGCAUGAUUGGGUCUCUCGGGCCCUCGGCAGGUAGGGUGCUACCUGGCACGGCAGCAUUAAGAAAUGGGGCAGUUUUGCCAAAACCGGUUUGGCUCAGUGGAUAGAGCGUCGGCCUGUGGACUGAAAGGUCCCGGGUUCGAUUCCGGUCAAGGGCAUGUACCUUGG